UGGAAGGAAACACAUCCGCCCUGUUCCUGUCGAGCUCUUUGCUGUUCGUCAGUAGAGUCCGCCGCUGUGUUGAAAGACUGAAGGCGCUGGAGUAAACCAGGAAUUCUUCUCUCCCAAAACAAUUUCCAACAACAUGACCUCAAGUUCUAAUUUAUCCAACAUGCGGCGGCUGGUGGAACAACUGAAGCUGGAAGCCAGUGUAGAACGAAUCAAGGUGUCUCAGGCAGCUGCGGAGCUCCAGCAGUACUGUCUGCAGAACGCAGGCAAAGACGCCCUGCUGGUCGGCGUCCCCACGGGCAGCAAUCCCUUCAGAGAACCACGCUCCUGUGCUGUGGUGUGACAUCAUCGUCCACAGAAUGUGUUCAGCCAUCGACAGGAAGAUAAACUGGACAAAAUGUGGAAUGUCACUCCCCCA